CUCCAAUAAUAAUAGCUUCAGCAUCUCCGUGUCCAUAGUACUCUCUCUCUCUCUCUCUCUCUCUCUCUCUCCCUCCAAAAUUGCAUACAUACAUACAUACUGUGCAAUAUUUGUGAGCACGUAUGCACUCGGAACAGUCUCGACUAACAAAAGCGUAGAUGGUUUAAUCUUCUGCAGUUGGUUGCUCUACAAGACAUACAGUUAAUUAACGAAUGGAGGAAAUGUGCGGCUUCCGCCAUCCAACCACGAACGACUACGCCGACGACAAGGUGCUGUUUUCGCCGGAGAAUCUGACGCCGGCGGAGUACCGGAGCUUCUACUACUCCUUCUCCUCCCCCGGCGGCUACGAUCUCCUGUACGAAUCACAGGAUGAAGAAGAUCGUGAUUAUGAUCACACGGCCAGCGUCAUCAAAGCCAGGAUCGCUUCGCAUCCUCGUUACACCAGAUUGCUACAGGCUUACAUCGAUUGCCAGAAGGUGGGAGCGCCUCCGGAGAUAUCGUGCGUGUUAGACGAAAUCCGGCGAGAAAACGACGUUUAUGAGCGGGACUCGGUUUCCACGUGCUUAUUAGGAGCCGAUCCUGAGCUCGAUGAUUUCAUGGAAGCUUUGUGUGAUGUAUUGGUGAAGUACAAGUCGGAUCUCUCAAAGCCUUUUGACGAAGCGACCGCCUUCUUGAACCAGAUGGAAUUGCAACUCAGAAAUCUUUGCAUAGAUGAAGGUUCUGGAUCAUCAGAUGAGGAAUUUAGCGGAAUAGAGAACGAAGGACAGGAGGCGCACACGAGUGAAGACCGAGAGCUCAAGGAAAGACUGUUGCAUAAAUACGGUAGUCAUAUUAGUAGCCUGAAGCUGGAAUUUUCGAAGAAGAAGAAGAAAGGAAAGCUUCCUAAAGAGGCAAGGCAAAUGUUACUCGAGUUUUGGAACCUGCACUAUCAAUGGCCGUAUCCAACGGAAGCCGAUAAAAUUUCGCUGGCUGAAUCAACCGGGUUAGAUCAGAAGCAAAUCAACAAUUGGUUCAUAAACCAAAGGAAGCGGCACUGGAAGCCAUCAGAAAACAUGCGAUUAGCCGUCAUGGGUAAUAUUUCAGGACAAUUAUUUACAGAUGACUGAGGGUGCUGAACUGAAUGUACUAUGUGUAAAAAUCAGAUUCAUCGAUGAAUUGAUAAUCAUGGUCGGUUCAUGUAUAUUUGAAUAUUUUGAUGUCAUUCAAACAAUUGGACAGCAACCAUAUUCUGAAAUAACGUGGUCUAAUUUACUUUGUGUA